AUGAAGUUCAUUAUUUGGCUCUUUCUGCUUAUCAGUAAAAAUUGCUUAGUCACAUUCAUAAGUAAUUCUGUCAUUGCUGCACCAGUAAAUGAAGAUUUUGAAAUUUCAUUAAUUCACAUCAAUGAUUUUCAUGCGAGAUUUGAGGAAACGAAUAACCAGUCAUUGCCAUGUAGACAAGGUCAAGUAUGUAUCGGUGGAUAUUCCAGAAUGGCAACAAUUGUGAAACAACUGCAGAGAAAUCGAACAAAUACAAUUUUUCUAAAUGCUGCUGACAACUUUCAAGGAACUGUUUGGUAUAAUCUUUUAAGAUAUAACGUAACUGCACACUUCCUCAACCUUCUUCCAGCUGAUGCAAUUGCAAUUGGUAACCAUGAAUUUGCACACAAAAUUGAAGGUUUGGUGCCAUUACUGAAGCAAUUAAAAUCACCAGUUGUUGCUGCAAAUAUUGAUGAUUCUGAUGAGCCACAAAUUCAAAAUUUGUAUAGAAAAUCCAUAGUAAUUGAAAGAUCUGGAAGAAAAAUAGGAGUUGUCGGUGCCAUUCACAGCAAAACAUAUGAAAUAGCUUCAACUGGGAAACUUAAGUUCAUAGACGAGAUUCAAGCUAUUCGAGAAGAAUCUCAGAAACUUAAGAAUCAAGGAAUCAACAUCAUCAUAGCAUUGACUCAUUGUGGACUGUCUGAAGACACCAGAAUAGCUGAUGAAGUUGGUGACCUUGUCGAUAUUGUUGUUGGUGGACAUUCUCAUUCAUUCAUAUUCAGUCCAACUGAUUCACAGUUUCCUGGGUUUGACACAAUUACUUCCGGACCAUAUCCAAUCGUUAUAAAUCCUAUAAAUGACAGAAACAGACAAGUCCUUGUUGUUCAAGCGUUUGCAUUCACCAGAUACGUCGGUGACCUUCGAGUUAUCUUCGACAUCAACGGAAAUAUCAAAAGUUUUGGAGGAAAUCCAAUUUUUCUUGGUCCGAAGGUAGUCAAAGAUCCAGAAAUUGAAGCUGAAUUGAUUCCAUGGCGAAAACAAGUUAAUGAGAUCAGCCAUCGAGUCAUUGGAUCCACAACCGUUGAUUUAUUACAAACAGAUUGUUGGCUUGGUGAGUGUGCAGUCGGAAGCUUAACAGCAGAUGCAGCUGUAGCUGAAACACAAUUAGCUUUCCCAGAAUUAAGCAUUAAAUCAGCAAUCAUGCAAACAAAAGCAAUGAGAAGCAGCUUUCCAGUUGGACCUAUAACUUAUGGUGACAUAAUGACUUUCUUCCCAUUUGGAAAUACUUUUGAUAUUUUAGAAUUCAAUGGAACUACUUUAAAAAGUGCAUUUGAACUUUCAAUCACAAGAUCUUUGCUGCACUUUUCAGGCAUCCAAGUUGUUUUUGAUAUGUCAAUGCCUGUCGGGAACCAGGUUGUAUCGUUAAAAAUCAAGAACGAAAAUGAUCAAUUUGAAAAUGUUGUCAAUGACAAAAUGUAUAGAAUCGUUGUUCUGUCAUUUAUAGCUAACGGAGGUGAUGGAUAUACAAUGCUGCAGGAAAACAAAGUUAGCCAUAAAAUUGGAUUACUUGGUGAAGAUAUUAUGGAAGCUUACAUUAUAAAGAAAUCACCAAUAAAUUAUGAACUAGAUGGAAGAUUUGUUAUGCUUAAUAGGAAGGAUAAGGCUCAGAAGCAGUGAUGAAAUGAAAAACAUGGUUGCAAUAGAUGUUCACUUAUAACGUCCAGGUAGGGAGGGGUUCAGCAAAAUAAGAACAAAAAAAAUUCCCGAAAAUCCAUUGCUCUUUUUUUAAAAAUAACCGGCAAUUUUGGACGUCAUAAGUGAAUGAUCCCUUAAAUAGUAGCUUAAAUUUAAUUCUGGUCUGAACUUCACUCUUAAUAAAAUUGAUUCUCCAAUUGUAAUUUCAAUAGUGAAGCUUAA